AUGCUCACCUUGAUUUUCUUUUUCUGGCUCCUGAAUAUCCCCCUCCUCAUGGAUAGUUUCACUCACCCCAAGUGCUUUUGGAGAAUGAACCAGAAAAAAGACGGAGAUGUGGUGACAUGUUGCAUCCUUUUCCUUGUUACAGUGCCGAAAUCAUGGGACAAAGUGAUUUUACCCUUUCUUCUGAAUAAUCUAAUAUCAACCAGAAAUUACCAGGUUGCUUUUCCUUUGGCUUUAGCCAUGCAAGAAAUCAACCGGAAUCCAUACCUUCUACCAAAUGUGUCUAUAACAUUUUCUUUCGUCAAUAACAAUUGCAAUGACAAAAAGGCAUUUCGAAAUAUCAUAAAUGGUAGUGCAAAAAGACGUUUUCUUCGCCUUCACAAAAUCUGUGGGGAAUAUUUAAAAUGUCAAGUAGCAAUUUCAGGACCAAUAUCAGCAAUAUCUAUGAGCCUGGCACCAUACAUGCAGCUCUUCAAAAUUCCACAGGUCCUACAGCUCACCUAUGGACCUUUCUACGAUAUCCUGAGUGAUCAUGAACAAUUUCCAUAUCUGCAUCAGAUGGCCCCCAAGGACACAGCUCUGGCCCUGGCCAUGGUCUCCGUCAUAAUUCACUUCAGCUGGAACUGGGUUGGGCUGGCCAUCUCAGAUGAUGACCAGGGUAUCCAGUUUCUCGCAGAUCUGAGAGGAGAAUCUAAAGCCAAAAGAGUCUGCUUAGCCUUUGUGAUCAUGAUCCCAGUCGACACAUAUUUAUACAUGUCAAGAGCUGAAGUGUAUUACAGCCAAAUUGUGACAUCAUCCACAAGCGUUGUUAUCAUUUAUGGUGACAAAGACAGUACUCUAGCUGUGAGCUUUAGAAUGUGGGACUCUCUAGGUUUACAGAGAAUAUGGGUCACCACCUCACAGUGGGAUGUCAUUACAAGUAAGAGGGACUUGACCCUUGACUCAUUCCAUGGGACUCUGGGGUUUGCACACCACCAUGGUGAGAUUUCUGGUUUAAAAAGUUAUAUUCAGACAUUGAAAUCUUCUGAAUACACAGACAAUUUCCUGGCAAGACUGGGGUGGAUGUAUUUUGACUGUGAAGCCUCAACGUCUAAGUGUAAGUCACAGGAGAACUGCUCAUUGAAUGCCUCACUGGAAUGGUUAAUGCUAAAUAGUUUUGACAUCGUCUUUAGUGAUAGCAGUUAUGAUGUCUACAAUGCUGUGUAUGCUGUGGCCCAUGCCCUCCAUGACAUGCUUCUUCAGCAAGUAGAAAAUCAGCCACUCAACACUGAGAGUCUGCUGGAUUCUGACUGCUCACAGCUUCGCCCAUUUUUGAAGAAAACUCACUUCAUUAACCCAGUUGGAGAUGCUAUACAUAUGAAUCAGAAAGAAAAACUGCAGGCAGAAUAUGACAUUUACCUUAUCCGGAGUUUCCCCCACGGUGUUGGACUUAAGGUGAAAGUAGGAGAGUUUAACCCUACUCAUUUUCCACAUGGUCAUCAGCUCCAUUUAUCUGAAGACAUCAUAGAGUGGGCCACGGGGAGCAGACAGGUACCCUCCUCUGUGUGCAGUGUUGAUUGUCAUCCUGGAUUCAGAAAAUUCCAUCAGAAGGGAAUGGCUGUCUGCUGUUUUGAUUGCGUCCCCUGCCCAGAAAAUGAGAUUUCAAACGAGACAGGUUUGGAUCAGUGUCUGAAGUGUCCAGAGGACCAGUAUGCCAACACAGAGCACAACCAGUGCAUUCUCAAAGCCGAGAUCUAUCUGACCUUUGAUGACCCCUUGGGGAUGGCUCUGUCCUGCAUGGCCUUGUCUUUCUCUGUAUUCACAGCCCUGGUCCUUGGUGUCUUUGUGAGGCACCAUGACACUCCCAUUGUGAAGGCCAAUAACCUCACUCUCAGCUACAUCCUACUCGUCUCUCUCAUCUUCUGUUUCCUCUGUUCCUUGCUCUUCAUUGGCCAUCCCAACUCAGUCACCUGUGUCCUGCAGCAAACAACGUAUGCAAUUGUGUUCACUGUGGCUGUUUCCACUGUGUUGGCCAAAACAGUGACUGUGGUCUUGGCUUUCAAAGUCACUGCUCCUGGAAGAAGAAUGAGGUGGCUCCUGGUAUCAGGUGUGCCUAACUACAUCAUUCCCUUCUGCACCAUCAUGCAAAUUAUUGUCUGUGCAAUCUGGCUGGGAGCUUCUCCUCCCUCUGUUGACACUGAUGCACAUUCUGAACACGGUCACAUCAUCAUUGUAUGCAACAAGGGCUCAGGUACUGCCUUCUACUGUGUCCUAGGUUACCUGGGCUCCCUGGCCCUGGCGAGCUUCAUUCUGGCUUUCUUGUCCAGGAAUCUCCCUGACACAUUCAAUGAGGCCAAGUUGCUGACCUUCAGCAUGUUCUUGUUCUGCAGUGUCUGGGUCACUUUUCUCCCUGUCUACCACAGCACCAAGGGCAAGGUCAUGGUGGCUGUGGAGGUCUUCUCCAUCUUGGCCUCCAGUGCAGGCUUGCUGGGAUGCAUCUUUGUCCCCAAGUGCUACAUAAUUUUGUUAAGACCAGAGAGAAAUUCCCUUCAAAAGUUAAGGGAGAAAAUAUCAUCCUGA